AUGUCACGAGCGACCAGGGCACCAGCCGUGUCCUCACCAGCUCCUGGCUGUGGGACUCCUCCCCUUUGUCGCGGAGUCCCGGGCGUCGCGGCCGUGGCCUGCCUCGGCGCCGCCCACUGCGUGCUCACGGACGUCGCCGCGCUGCUGCCGGACCUCAGGGCCAACGUGGGCGCGAACAGGCUGAGCGUCGCGCGAGCCGACGUGCGGGAGCUCUGGUGGGGCGACUGGUUCCAGCUCGAGGACGAUGUCUUCUAUGACCCCGAGGACAUGUCGGCGAUGGCGGCCACGCUACGGGGGAUGUGGUGGACAGACAAGGACGAGGACGGGGAUGAGGAGGGCGGCGGCGGCGGCACUGGCUGA